CGAAUGCGGGACCAGUUUAAAUUUAAUAAUAUCUGUACGUGGUGAAAUGAAGUAGUUUGGCGCCAGAAAUGUUCGGGACGUGUUAACAACAAUACUUUCGUGGCACAUGCCGGCUCUAGUUUGAUAUCCCAACUCCCAGGCGAACGCCACAUUCGGAAGAAUUAUUAUGGUUAUUGCAACCUCAGUCUACGGCCACGAUGAUACUACACUUCGUGAUCUUUGUUUUAGCUUGUGUUAUUUUAACAGGACAUAGCGAUCGGAUUGAAACUGAAAGAUUCUUAUUGUCCGAUGAAAAAUCAAUUUUAUAUAAAUCUUAUUGGGGUAUCAAACAAUCAAACGAUUCUUCUCUGACUGCUAAUUUAUCGAACCCCGGGAUACUAAAGGCAGACGACGAUGUCCCAAAUAAAUUAUCACAAAAUUCGAGGAAAAUAAAUAAACUCGGACACAAUAACGAACUGAACCCAAAGGAAAAUAAGCUUUCAACAGCUCAAUCUGAUCAAGUUACCCAACCUAGAAGGCGGAGGUUGCGCAAAAGAAAACGCAAGAAGCAGCGCAGAUUGAAAAACAAGCUGGACGUCACCACCGCCAAGACCGACCUACCCAAAAACUUAACCCUAGACGAUCUGAUACAAAAAAUCAACGAGAACCCGGAAGUGAAUCUGAACAGCUUGGAGAGCGAGGCGUUCAACAAAACUUUGACUUAUCACGCGGAGACGAACAAAACCGAAAAUCGCUACAUCAAUUUAACCCUGGAUCUGGGACGGACGAGCAGAAGAUGCAGGAUGAGGAAAGGGGGAUGUUCGCAGAUUUGUAGAGCGAAAGGUGUACCUAAGUGCGCCUGUUACCACGGCUACACAUUAGACAAAGACAUGCGGACUUGUUUAGAUAUUGAUGAGUGCAAGACGAACAAUGGUGGUUGUCAAUCGAUUUGCACGAACAAUCCGGGUUCGUUCGAGUGUUCUUGCAAUGAAGGCUUUAGAUUGGGGGACGACGGUAAGAGUUGCGUGGACGUUAACGAAUGUUUAAGAAGAAACGGACAUGGUUUUUGUGACGACAUUUGUCAUAACACACACGGUUCGUACACCUGUAGUUGCAGACCUGGAACCACUUUAGGUGCUGAUGGACAUUCCUGUUUUGAUGUUGACGAGUGCGUUGAAGGAAAUGCAGGUUGUUCUCAUAUUUGUAUUAACACCAUUAAUGGGCCUUUUUGCUCGUGUCCAGAUGGAAUGGAAUUGUCCUCAGAUUGGAAAACUUGUCAAGAUAUAAACGAGUGUGAGGAAGAGAUAAUAAAGAAAUCAUGCAAAGAUGGUUGUGUUAAUACAGAAGGAUCGUACAAAUGCUUGGAUUACUCGAUGUACCAAAACGAUAAAGGUUCACAAAUUGCCACGUGCAAACCCAUUUUUCCACCAAAAUUAGGUUACAUAAAGUGUUCGCGAACAAAUGCAGUCAAACUCUUCGGUAAAAAUGGCAGAAGACGGGUAGUGAAUAGCCCAGGAACCACGUGCUCUUUGGUUUGCCCCCAAGGUUAUAUGUUGAAGGGGCAAUUUUUGGUGGUAUGUGGUUUCGAUCGUAACUGGGAAGGAAUCAUGGAUGGUUAUUGCAAACAUUCGCCGCCUCCAACGUUAAAAUGUCCAGAGGAUCAAACGUUCGAAAUGUCCAAAGAAUCGAAUUCAAUGAUUGUGAGAUUUCCGGCUCCAGUAACGAAUGUGAGACAGAAAUACGUGAAGUCUAGUCCGAAAUGGGCGAGAAGACUGAUUGGGAAAUUGGGCGUUGGACGGCAACUCAUACGUUUCGAUGUUGUCGAUCCUCAAACUAAGCUGUCUGCGUUUUGUUACUUUACAAUCAAUGUGAAUCAGUACUCUGGGUGAUUUGAGUUGAGUUUUAUUAAAUAUAUUUC